CCUCGUGUCACCAAAAUGAUGUGGAUUAUUUUCUGUACAUUGCUUGGCGUAUCAUCUGGUAAUCGUCUUUAUGCAAGAUUAACACCAGUGGAGGAUGUACCUGACCAAUAUAAACCAGAACUGGUACCCGUGGCCAACAUUGUAAUCAAUGGUGCCGUUCCUGAAUUAGUGCCACUUUCUAGCAUUCCAAUUCCUAAUGCUGUUCCACAGUUGGUACCACUUGCAAAUAUCCCAAUCGAGGAUGCUCGUCCACAAUUAGUACCACUUGCAAAUAUCCCAAUCGAUGAUGCUGUUCCACAAUUAGUACCACUUGCAAAUAUCCCAAUCGAUGAUGCUGUUCCAGAACUGGUACCACUUUCUCACAUUCCAAUUCCACAAGCUGUACCACAGUUGGUGCAACUUGCAAAUAUUCCAAUCGAUGAUGCCGUUCCCGAAUUGGUGCCAAUUUCUCACAUUCGAAUUCCUCGAGCUGUACCACAAUUAGUGCCACUCUCAAAUAUUCCAGUCAGUGAAGAAAUAGCACAGUUGGUGCCCCUAUCCUACGUUCCAAUAAAGAAUGAUCUUCGUGCAAGACUUGCAUAAUUGAGUAUAGAAAUAAAGUCUUCUAAAAUCUUU